GUUAAUCUGGAGGCAGAGAGAUAAGACAGGGAAGGAGUCAGAUAAAAUGGCCAUUGAAAGAUCAUUUGACAUUUUAUGAGGAACAAUGCAUAUAGGAAAAUGAUUACGCCUCAAUAAAAUCUAAAACAAAUGGCAUACCAGAUGCCAUUUGCAUUGCAGACAAUCUGCUGUGCAGACAAUCUGCUGUGGGAACUUCCAGAAAGGAAAAAGACAAAAAACUUAUUGCCUGUAUAAGUAUUUUCAGUAUUUUCCAGAAGUGUGUUUCAAAUUCAAAAUGGAUAAAAGUUAACAUGAUAGCAUAUAAUUUAAAUGACAAAUUUUUGGUAGCAAGAAAGAAAAUCUAUACUGUAGUAGACAAAAUUGUGUAUAAAAUAUUGAAAUAAAUUACCUAUAAUUGUAAUUUCUACUACAUUUCUUUUCUUUUUUUAAGUGUGCAAUUUAGUUAUUUUUUUCAUACCUUGUGUCGUGUCAAGUCAGUAGUUCUCCAUUAGUGGGCACUAGGAGAAUAGUGUCUUUGGAAAGAUCAAAGGGCUUUCUUUGCAAAUUUUAUAUGAAAUGUUGUCUAGCAAAGAGCACAAGCCUGCAUGUUUUGUAUUUGGGCAGACCCUGUUGGGCUUCCUAACACUGUUAUAUUGCAAUAAGGUGUAUUAUUAAUUCACAAUCUAAAUUUACCAUGAGUGGUAGAAACCUAUGUAAUGACUGGGAUGGGCUGACAGUUAUAUGAAUGUUUAUGGUGUCUUGCCCACAAGCACAAAAAACAAAACAAAGAGAGAGGGUUUGACUUUGACUCUCUACUCAUAGGAAGCCCACUGGACCUUCUCAGCUUUUGUAAACAAUAGUACAUACUACACUACCAUAUUCAUUUCAUAGUAACUAAAUAUAUUGACAUGAUCCCUUUAUGACUUGCUCUUUAUCAGCCCAGAAGACAGUUUAACUCUAUUUGUGCCAUUUAUUACUGUGUAUCUUGUUUUAUUUGCAUUGCCAUUCUGCCUAGUUUGUUCACACGCUCCAUCAUGCACAGUGAAAGGAGGAGCAACUGGAGCUGACUGAUCUCUGCGGCUAUAGUGACACAACUAUAGAGUCUGAGUUAACGACACAGGCUAAAACAAGACAAGAAUUUGAAACACUAAGCUCUCUUCAUACGUGUAUGCUGCCAAGUUUUAAGAUUCCCAAAUGUCCAACAGCACCGAGGCCCCAGGGCAGGUCCCAGUCUGCCCCCUGCUCCAGCUUAUGAUAGACCACAGUGUCAACAACAAUACUAAGGCUAACAUAGUGCUGGUGUGCAUCCAUGGCGUGGUCUCCUGUCUGGGGAUCCUAGAAAAUGCACUCAUCAUUUGGGUAGUGGGCUUUCGUCUACAGCGUCGCACCGUCGCCUCCGUUUGGGUGCUCAACUUGGCCAUUUCGGAUUUUCUCACAACUCUGACACUGCCACUUUUUACCUAUUAUCUUUCCUCAAAUCACAGCUGGGAGUUAGGACAACCACUUUGCAAAAUCCAAACUUCAAUUUUCUUUCUAAACAUGUUUGUAUCUGCUUUUCUGUUGGCUGCGAUUUCUCUGGAUCGCUGCCUCCUGGUGGCCAAACCAGUGUGGUGUCAGAAUCACCGCUCAGUAAACGGCGCAUGGAAAGUUUGUCUCUUAGGCUGGUUGUGGGCUGUAAUCAACUCUUUUCCAUACUUUAUUUUUCGCUCCAUUACUCAGAAAAAGGACAAGAGAAAAUUGUGCUAUCAUAAUUUUGCCAUGUAUUUAAGUUCCUCAGAUAUGUUAGAACGACACUGUAGGAUAAGACAAGAAGCCACGGCCUUUUCGAAAACGCUAUUCGCUUUCCUCAUCCCCCUGGUGGUCAUUGCUGGAAGUUACAUCCAUAUAGCGGUAACUCUGAGGAAAAGAAGAUUGCGACGAAGGGAAAGUGCAAGCAGGCUUGCCACUACAUUGAUUGUUCAAAGCAAUGAGACACCAUCACCAAGAGUUAACAUAUUUCUAAAGCCGUUUAGGUCUGUUCGAUCAGCUUCUUUGACACCAGUUAACUCUCCUACCUCCCCUACCACUGUGCCCAAUCAAAAUCAGCUCUCCCAAAGCUUCACUAAAAUGGUAACGUUUGUCAUUACAGUUUUUGUACUUUGCUGGUCCCCUUAUCACAUUUUCUGCAUUAUCGAAGUAAUUGCAGAGUAUUGGAGAGACAAAUCAGACUUUGUUCAAGUUGGCUUACCGCUAGCUACAACUUUUGCCUUUUUAAAUCCUGUUUUAAACCCCAUUUUGUACGCCUUUAGCUGUCCAAAUUUUUGUGUCCGCAUACGCCAAAGUCUCGGAGCAGUCUUUGACGGGUUAGUUGAAGAGGGAGGAGGGAUACUGCUUGUGCCAGGGAAAAGUUUAAGAGCACACAUGAAGAGGAAAAACAGUGAAAUGCAAACAUUCAGAUAUCAACGGUCUCCAAGUCAAUCAACAGAUAACCAGUCCCCGGUCAAGAAUAACUACUUUAAUCCACAUAAACUAACACGGGAAGAAAUCGAGGAAAACACAGUGCAAAGCUGAAAAUUAGACUGAAUUUGAGAUUUUGUUCUAUGUUCAAAAUGUAUUUUUGUAAUGGAUUUA